UAAAAGCGUCCCCAGUGGUCUUUUAAUUAUGAUUAUAGUUUUAGUAAAAUCAAAACUUGUGUCGUUAUCUAGGACAUAGUUUUUGCAGAGCAGCAGUAGAAAUUUCCCUGAGUUGUGUGCAGGAUUGUUGGUGUUAAGUAAGCCUACCACGCUUCCCAACAUCCCUCUGUUUACAUGCUCUCCCACUAGCAUACAGCCCCUUCACACCUCCAACUUAACAUUGCUAAUGCAACAAAAAUGGCGAACAAUAAUAAAGCAAUCCAGCUUUACAGUUAUAAGCCAGACACCAGCUGAGACGAGGAAAACGAAGGAUCUAUUUGUCUGCAAGUGGAUUCAUCAGAAUAAAGCAGAGCUUGCGAUUUUAAGCUUGUAUAUGUUUUCCACUGUGGGAAAAAUGCCACAAGAACAUGUCAAAAACUCCAAAAAAAAAAAAAAAAAAAAACUCACUGGAUUGGGUCUAGAUGAUUUAAUCUUUAACUAACAUUGACUCAAAAUUUGAGUUGGAUGGGGCAAAGCUUUUUGCAGGUACCCCCUUAGCUCCGGCCAUGUGUGAAUCUAAAUGGAAUCGAUUUAGUUGAGUGUUAAAGUAGAGCUGAGUUUGGGGCUGCUGGGUUGAGGAUGACGGGGUUUUACUCUGCACUAAUGGUUGUAUCUGAGGGACAUAGUCUGGUAGAAAACUGCCACUCUAUCUUUCCCGGGUCUGGUUGGAGUUGAAAGUUCUUUUAAACUCUUAAUCAGACCUCCUUCUCCCUCCCUCUCUCCGUUCUGCUCCGCUCUCGGUCCAUAUACUCCGCGUUGUUCCGCUCUCUCCCUCCACUCGCGGUUACCGGGAGAGACGCGUGUGCAGCCACAUCGGUGAAAAAACGGCACGGGAUCUCUCCCCGCCAUUUCCUCGUGUAAUAGCCCUGGAAUGUCGUGUAGUGGAUCGGGCUCUUCCUCGCGGAAGGAGUUCGAUGUGAAGCAGAUCCUUAGGAUCCGAUGGAGGUGGUUCGGUCACCCCGCGGUUCCUCCGCCUCUUUCCCCGCCGCUGGGAGAUUACCUCGCCAGGAGGAGGACAGGCGGCAGCUCCGGGGAAGGACCGUCCGUUAGCGGCUGUAGCAACUCCAAUUCCGCCGGUCCGAACCACAGCUCGGGGAGCCACAGCGGACUGGUGGCCAGCGGCAGCGCGGGCUCGAACCUGUGCAGCGGCAGCAGCAGAAAGUUUGCUGAAUCGGCGGGGAGUCGGAGCGGUCCGGGGGGAGCGACGUUCGGAGCCACGGGGAACUCCUGCACGCGCUCCUUCAGCCAGCCGGAGUGCAGGAGCUCGUGGGUGUCCCCUCCGCUCCACCGUCGCCCUCGCCCGGUGACAAACAUGGAGCCCCCCGUCGAGGCCCCGAUGCCCCACUUAGUAGCCGAGCCGUCGGCUCAUGUCGGGGCUGAGCCGGAGCCGGAGGAGGCAGCCUCGGCGGCGGCGGCGGUGGGCGCGGAGGAGAACAACAACCACCCGGAAACAGACACCAGCUCGUGCAGGACAUCCAAUAGCACUGCAACGCUGUCUUCAUGUGUGUCAAUGGAGCCAGAGGACUGCAUGUUCACGGCUUUGUCCCAUGCUGAUGUGACUUUCCGCAAGAUGGAGGGCUACUUGAGGACCAGACAGCUGUGCGACGUCAUCCUUGUGGCUGGAGAGAGGAGGAUACCUGCGCACAGGCUCGUUCUGUCAUCUGUGUCAGAUUACUUUGCCGCCAUGUUCACCAGUGAUGUGAGGGAGGCCAAGCAGGAUGAGGUGAAGAUGGAAGGAGUAGACCCUGAUGCAUUGUGGGUCCUGGUUCAGUAUGCAUACACAGGCCGUCUGGAGCUCAGAGAGGACACCAUUGAGUCUCUGUUGUCAGCCUCCUGUUUGUUGCAGUUGUCAUCGGUUGUCCAAGCCUGCUGUUCUUUCCUCGUGAAACAGCUCCACCCGUCUAACUGCCUCGGCAUCCGCUCCUACGCCGAUGCUCAAGGCUGCAACGACCUGCAGAGGGCUGCUCACGCCUACACCAUGGAGCACUUUUUGGAUGUUAUUGGAGCCCAGGAGUUCCUUCUCCUCCCAGUGGAGGAAAUGGAAAGACUGCUCAAAUCUGAUGACAUCAACGUGCCAGACGAGGAAACGGUGAUAACUUCAUUGUUAACCUGGGUCUCUCAUGAUGCUCCCACCCGCCAUCACCACCUUCCCUCGCUGCUGUCUCACGUCAGAAUACCGCUGCUGCAACCACAGUUCUUGGCAGACCUGGAGUCUAAUCCCCUCCUCCGUGACAGUGUGGAGUGUCAGCGACUCCUCAUGGAGGGGAUGAAGUAUCAUCUUUUGCCCCAGCGCCGGCCCUUGCUGCAGAGUCCUCGCACGCGGCCCCGCAAAGCCACCGUGGGGGCCAUGUUCGCUGUCGGGGGUAUGGACGCCUCAAAAGGUGCCACAAACAUUGAACAGUACUGUCUCCGUCGGGACACAUGGAGGCAGGUCGCCACCAUGAGUGGGCGGCGACUGCAGUUUGGUGUCGCCGUGCUUGACGGACGUCUCUAUGUGGUCGGAGGCAGAGAUGGACUCAAGACUCUCAACACUGUGGAGUGUUACAGUCCUCACAGCAAAACCUGGAGCGUCAUGCCGCCCAUGUCCACACACAGGCACGGUUUGGGUGUGGCUGUCUUAGAGGGGCCCAUGUAUGCAGUGGGGGGACAUGAUGGGUGGAGCUACCUCAGUACAGUGGAAAGGUGGGACCCCCAAGCUCGCCAGUGGAGCUUUGUAGCAAGCAUGGCGACGCCUCGCAGCACCGUCGGAGUAGCUGUGCUCAACGGAAAGCUGUAUGCAGUGGGAGGUCGUGACGGCUCUUCAUGUCUGCGCUCAGUCGAGUGCUUUGACCCUCACACAAACAGGUGGAACAGCUGUGCUCCCAUGGCUAAAAGGCGUGGAGGUGUGGGUGUGGCCACGUGGCACGGUUUCCUGUACGCCAUCGGAGGUCACGAUGCUCCAGCUUCAUCUUUGACGUCUCGGCUGAGCGACUGUGUGGAAAGAUACGACCCUCAGACAGACGUGUGGACAGCUGUAGCCCCGAUGAGCCUCAGCAGAGAUGCUGUUGGCGUUUGUCUCCUCGGCGACCGUCUCUAUGCUGUGGGCGGGUAUGAUGGACAGGUGUAUCUCAAUACUGUGGAAACCUACGACCCUCAAACCAACGAGUGGUCACAGGUAGCGCCUCUGUGUCUGGGCCGGGCAGGUGCUUGUGUGGUGACGGUCCGACUGUAAAAAAAAGACAUUCAAUGGAGGAUUGGGCUCACAGACUGUCUUUAACAAUUAAGAAGACGCCCAACGAGCCAUCUGCCCAUUCUUUUGGUUGGUUUUUAUAUUUAUGCACACCGUUUACAUUUUAGGGAGAAAUGAGGGUGAAGAUUCACUUUAGCAUCCUGACAAAUUUUCCCAUCUGAGCGACUUCCAGCCAGGAGCGAGCUGCCACCUCCACGCACAGGGAAAAACACAUCUGCUGCUUUUAUCCAAGCACAACAGAACUGCUGUCUUACAACUUUAGAUUUUCUGCCUAUUAUAUUUUUUUCCUAUCUCACCCUGACAGAGCUGCUUUCAGCAUCUAUUUUUUGCUGACAAAUGGGUGAGAUUGUCAAGAAUGCCUCACUGUGUGCUCCCCGCUCUCCUUCCACUAUCUGAUGCUGUUAUUUUAAUACCUUCCCUGGUAUUUUUAUGCUGAAGUUGGCAAGUGAGUAUCUGUGCUCCGGUGCUGUUGUGUGCGGAUUUCUGACAGAAAGGGUUUUGACAUAAUCAGCACGAGCUCAUAAACAGCUGUUCGCGGCUUCAUUCAGAGGAAACACUUUGUACUUGGCCUGACGUUUCUCUUGUGUUGCAUCAGAUCGGAAGAUUCUCCUGCUGGAAAGGAUUCUUUUUUGGUUUGCAAGUUCCACAAAGAAGUUGUCAAACUUUGUAUUUCUGUAUUAAUUUUUAAUCGUGUUUUUCCUGAUUUUUGCUUACAAGGUUGGUAAAUGUGAAACAGGUUUUGUUGGCAUAAUAACGCUGCUGGUCUCUGUGGGAACUUUUGUUAUUUGAUCACCUUUUUCUAUUGUCAGUGUUGACGAUUCACUCCGAUCAUCUUUUGAUCUGUUGUAAAAGUGUUUCUAGUGGUGUUUUAAUUAUGAUAUUGUUUUUAGCCAAAACCAAAGAGAAGGACUCAGCUGCAGACAAGAUGGUGCCUGAUAUAUUCAGAUGGAAGCAGAAAUGAUGCUACUUACUCUAAAUCCAAAAGUAAUGCAGAGUAUAAGGACCAGUUUACAAAUAUUUUUUUUAAUUACAACUUUGAAUAUCGUAAAUUUAGAUGAAAGAAGUCGUAAAUGUUAAGUUAGAAGAAUAAGUCAUAUAUUUGACUUUUUCUAAUAAAUGUACAGGUUUUAGAGUUGUACAUUUAUUAAUUUAACUCUCAUAAAUUUACUAAAACAAAAGUCAGACAUUUACAAAAAGAAGUCGUAAAUUUACGAGAAAAAAUAAAUACAUUUGCAAGAAUAAACAUCAUUAAUUGCCAGAAAAAAUGUCAUAAAUUUAUGAGAAAAGACAAUGUCAUACAUUUAUGAGGAAAAAAGUCAUAAACUUGCGAGAAAAAAAGUCUUAAAUUUACGAGAAAAAUGUCACAAAUUUACGAGAAAAGAACUUAAGUCGUCUGUUAUCAGACCCUUGCUGGAAGAUGAAAGACGUGGAGCUUCUUGUGAAGCUUUAUUACUAAAUCGGUGUCUGAAACAAAGAAAUUCUGAACCUUUUAGCGACUCAAAAUCAUUAAUUAAAUUAUAAUCAGUGAGUCUGACUUUCCGGGGUUGGAUGUCGUAAUGCAAACAUUCGUAAUAUUUUAAACAUUUAGCUUAACUGUUUAAAUCCAAGUUUAGUCAAUCUGCUGCUGCACACACCACUCACUUGCUGGACUGUGGGCUCACUUCCACUUUAAUCUCGUACAUUUACAAGAUUUAAAGUCAUACAUUUACGACUUUAAUCUCAUAAUAUAUAUAUAUUUUUUGGUGGCCCUUAUACUCUGUCGUACAAAAGUGCCCUGAACUGUUUAACUAACACAUUCAUUAAGCUUAAAAUUGGGGGACACCAUAACUGAUUAGACUGCCUGGUACAUUAAAGUUAUGUUUAGGACUUAGUUUCUGCAGAGCGGCAGGAGUUCAUCAGAAAUUCACCUCUGAGUUGUGGGUGGGACUGUUGGCGUUGAGUGAGCCUGCCUUCUUUUCCAGUCAUCCCUUUGUGUACACGCUCUCCCUCCAGCCCCUUACGCCCCAUCCUGACAUUAUCAGUUCAGUAAAAUUGGCGAGCAAUGUUGGAAUAAUCCAGCUGUACAGUUUGAGCCAGAUGUUGGCUCAGACAAAGAAAACAUACAUGGAUUGUAGCUUCUAUGUUACAACUGCAAGCGGUCUUCAAAUUGCAAGAAAUACUCCGAAAUGCAAGUUUAGGCUUAUUAUUUUUCAUUAGAAAAAUGCCACAAGAACAUGUUAAAAACACCAAAAAGACCUUUUUUCACUGGAGUGGGUCUUUAAGCCAUUGUGUGGAUGUGUGUUCUGUGCUUAAAGCCUGCAAGCUCUUAUUUUAUCUUAAAUGAGAAUCUUCCUUCCAUUCCCUCCUCCUCACAUUUUCAAUUCCCUCACAUUUCCCGUUCCACCGUCUCACACAUCCCUACACAGAUGCACACACCAUUUCCUUCCACAGCUGGACCGAGCACACAGCAGCACUGAACAGCCGACCGUGUAAUGAGACCAUGAAUUUAAUAAUGUCAAUUCCAACGGCGCUGACAUUUUGUUUGAUGUCAUGUUCAGACGGUUAUUAGAUUUUGAUGCAAGUAUUAGAUGAGAGGAGGGAAGAUGAAUCUCUGAGAUAAACUUGUGUGUUUUUUACUCGUUGUUUGUGACAAGAUUUACGACCGCACAAUGACUACUUAGCUGUACGUUAGUGUCUUUUGUUUUGUUGUUUUUUUUCUUCAGUAAAGAGUCAAAUCAAGCACCCUGUCAAGAGCUGACAGAUGUGGGGCUAAUGUAGCCCCGAGAAUCCACUUUACAUUCAAACAUGACAGAUAGUACACACUCCCAUCUGUGCACAAACAGCUGAAAGCCAAGCGCCCCAGGAUCUGUGCAAGAUUGAAAAGCAACCCGAAUUUUUCAGCAUGACGUCUAAACAGCUGAGACAGGCGAGUUGGUAAUUUCCCGCUGAUGCUUCUUCCUUCUCGUGCUUUAUUUUGUACGACUCACCUUCUAACCUGCCUGCAGUUUUCAGUCGUAAUUCCAUUUAGAUCUGAGCAGAAAGCAUCUUUACUGUGUUCUUUAUGUGUUUACAGGCAGAUUAAUAAAAAAAAUAAAAAAAAAACAUUCCAAAAUAUAUCAAAAGCUUCUAUUUAAAUACUAUGUAUAUGAAGGUACAAGUCUGUAUUGUGAAAAUGAUGCCUCGUGAAUACAUUUAUGUGCUUCUUUUUGUACCACGAAUUCCGAUGAUGAAUUCAAAAUAUGCUUUAUUGAUCCCCCAAAGGGAAGCGGAACAACAUAGACAGUUGGUGCCACAGAUGCUCCUCUGGUUUACCUCUUUAGUAAUCCUGUACAUGCAGUAUAUGCUGCUGCUUAAUGAUCUUUUAUACAAUAAAGUCAAAAAGUGAUUUAAAA